AACAAUAAGAAAACAACCAAAUUAAAUUACUAGUGAAAAAGAAAAAAAAGCAAGGAUGUUUUCUUCAAAAAUGUUUGUUUUAAUUUCGAUUGCGUUGACGGCGGCGAUAAUUGCGUCAGAGGCGCAAACAACGCCGCCGUCGUGUGCCUCGAAAUUAGUGCCAUGUGCGCCUUACCUUAACGCAUCGAGUCCCCCUGCGGAGUGUUGUGAUCCAUUGAGAGACGCAAUAACAAAUGAUUUAGAUUGUUUGUGUAAAUUGUAUGAAAAUCCAACUUUGCUGCCUUCACUUGGUAUUAAUAUUACUCAAGCACUUGCACUUCCUAAGGCUUGUAAUAUUUCUGGUGAUCUUAGUGCUUGUACUACAGGUGGUGCUCCAGGUCCAAGUUCUGAAGGCUUGCCACCCCCAGUCACGCCAGGUGGAAACAAUGGCAGCAAUGGAGUAAACAAAUUUACAUGGAGUGGAAUGUCAUUUUUUCUUGUAAUUUGUGCUUCUUUGAUGCUGGCUUAAAAGCACUAAUUUGUGUUCAUAUGUUGGAGUUUACAUGUAUUGUUGUUUGUUUCACUUUAUUUUAUAAUUUUGGUCUAGUGUUACAUUCUUGGUGUAUGGAUUUUUGUUUAGACCAUUUAAUAUACGUAAUUAUUAUUUAUGUUCUAAA